AUGCGAUUCUUAGACGCGGCAGGGCAGGGUGGGAGCGAACGAGUGAGUUCUCUGUCCUCUGCACCCUGCUUGGCUGGCAGCGCUUACCAGACGGUUCCCCGCCUGGGUGACACGCUGGUUUCGUCAGCGGUGCGGGACGGGGACAAAGGCGUUGCUAGCGUGACAUUAGCUUCUGAACUGAGGUCAGCUGUAGACUAUGCGGUUUCCAAAGAACAUGAACAUUCUCUGGAGUUGAGUUUGUCCCGUCGACAUCCAGGCUGUACUGGUCUUUUGGUGUCUACUUUCUGCCACAAGACUUCAUCUUUGGAGCGGAUGGAGGAGGGAGGAGAUGACGAUGAGGAGGAUGAUGAAUUGGACAUCUUUGGGGGUUAUGACAGCUUCCGGAGCUACAACAGCAGCAUGGGCAGCGACAGCAGCUCCUGUCUGGAUGAGUCUAGUGAUGAUGAGGUGGCAGACCGGGAAGCUGGAGAGCUUCCGACCUCUCCUGUGCACCAGCCGUCCACAGGCCGGCUCACAGAGGACAGCGGCUCCGAGCCAGCUGUGUGUGAGAUGUGUGGGAUUGUGGGCACCAGGGAGGCUUUCUUCUCCAAGACCAAACGUUUCUGCAGCGUCUCCUGCUCCAGAAGCUACUCCUCAAACUCCAAGAAGGCCAGCAUCCUGGCCAGACUGCAGGGGAAGCCACCAACAAAGAAAGCUAAAGUCCUGCACAAGGCAGCCUGGUCAGCCAAGAUUGGGGCCUUCCUCCAUUCACAGGGCACAGGGCAGCUGGCAGAUGGGACACUGACAGGCCAGGAUGCACUCGUCCUGGGCUUUGACUGGGGAAAGUACCUGCAGGAGCACGGCUUCAAGGCAGCUCCUGUCAGCUGCUUCAAACACGUGCCACUCUUUGAUCAGUGGGAUGAUGUGGUGAAAGGUAUGAAAGUGGAAGUGCUGAACAGUGAUGCCGUGCUCCCCAGCCGCGUGUACUGGAUUGCAUCUGUCAUCCAGACUGUAGGGUACAGGGCCCUUCUGCGAUACGAGGGCUUUGAGAAUGAUGCUGGCCAUGACUUCUGGUGCAAUUUGGGCACAGUGGAUAUUCACCCCAUUGGCUGGUGCGCCAUCAACAGCAAAAUCCUGGUACCACCACAAACUAUCCAUGCCAAGUACACUGACUGGAGAAGUUACCUCAUGAAAAAACUGGUUGGAGCCAGGACCAUCCCAGUGGAUUUCCACAUCAAGAUGGCGGAGAGCAUGAAGUACCCGUUUCGGCAGGGCAUGCGGGUAGAGGUGGUGGAUAAGAACCAUGUGUCCCGGACGCGCAUGGCAGUGGUGGACACGGUGAUUGGGGGCAGACUGAGACUCCUCUAUGAGGACGGCGACAGCGAUGAUGACUUCUGGUGCCACAUGUGGAGUCCCCUCAUCCAUCCUGUGGGCUGGUCACGAAGAGUGGGCCACAGCAUGAAGAAGACAGAAGAAAAACGCAGUGACAUGGCAAACCAUCCCACCUUCCGGAAGAUUUACUGUGAUGCUGUCCCCUAUCUGUUUAAGAAGGUACGAGCUGUCUAUGCUGAAGGUGGAUGGUUUGAGGAAGGCAUGAAACUGGAGGCCAUUGACCCCCUGAAUUUGGGCAACAUUUGUGUGGCCACUGUUUGCAAGGUCCUCUUGGAUGGGUAUCUUAUGAUCAGCAUUGAUGGAGCCACGUCUGCUGAUGGCUCUGACUGGUUCUGCUAUCAUGCCUCCUCACACGCCAUCUUCCCUGUCAACUUCUGUCAGAAGAACAGCAUCGAUCUGACCCCUCCAAAAGCACUUUUGUGCAGUGCUAUUCUGUCUUCCUUUGAUAUUCCUGAAACCUUCAACUGGGAAAGUUACCUGGAAAAGACUAAGUCAAGACCUGUUCCAGCACGGCUCUUCAACACAGACUGCCCAAACCAUGGCUUCAAGGCAGGCAUGAAGGUGGAAGCAGUGGACCUGAUGGAGCCCCGGCUCAUCUGCGUGGCCACGGUGAAGCGUGUAGUUCACCGUCUCCUUAGCAUCCAUUUUGAUGGCUGGGACAACGAGUAUGACCAGUGGGUGGACUGCGAGUCUCCAGACAUUUAUCCUGUGGGGUGGUGCGAGCUGACAGGCUACCAGCUUCAACCACCUGUUGUUCCAGAGCCCACAACUCCCGUGAAGGCCAAGGAGGUGCCCAAGAAGAAGAAGAAACCCUAUGGAAAGAAGAGAAAAAAGUUGCCUGCCAAAACCCGCAACAUCAAGCAGACUGUCAAGAAGCCUUCCACCGCGAAGACGAAACGAGAAGCAAAAGCUGCCAGCAAGGCUUUGCCAGAGCCAGCACCUGAUGAGAUCAUUGCCGUGCAGGUAAAGGAAGAAACCAUCGACCCCUCGAUAGUAGAGUUUGGAGCCACAGAGCUUCCCGUUCCUGUCAGCAGCAUAAAGCAGGAGGUCACAGACUGAUUGUGGAGUACCCCCUAGCUGCCCACAGCAGCCUGCGCUUCACCUUGUGGCUCUCUGGGGAAGGUCCUGGCAACAGACCUUUUUGAGGCAGACCACCCUGCAACAUCACAACUCUGCUUUCCUGGUGUGCAAGAAAACUUCCCCCAGACUUGUAAUUUUAAGCCCUGGGAAACGGACUCCAGAAAGGCCGCAGGUGUGCUGAGGAGCACGACCAGGACAGCUGCUGGGGUUGUGUGUGCCUGGCUUUGAAGGCACCUUUCCGAGCAGGAGCUCCCAAUGGGGAAAGAGGCUGCCAGAGAAUGAAGGGGCAGUUUAGGUUCUCAGCCAUGGCUAGAGGUGGUGAGCUGCGCUCUGAGAAUGGUGUGCAGGUCACAUGCAUCAGGAAAUCAGCUGCCCUCGUAGGACACCGGUGCUGUGCUCCCUGAUCUACGCCCUGCAACCCCCAAGAAAGUCAGGACAGGAAGAGUGGAAAGAGGUGGGAAAAAAAAAAACAAACACCAAAAAGGGGUGAUGAUGCCUCUUGAGGGAGCAAGAGACCUUUUCGAGUGUCAUCAUUGCUUGCUUUUGAACCCAGAACUGCAGAGGACAUGGUGCACAGUUUGACUUCUUAAUUUUUUAGCAGUCCUACUGUAAAUUUGAUCUACAAUCUGUACCCUGAAGCCCUGGGAAUUAAACUUGAGGAA